UUAUCCGAACAUGAAUGAUUUACCUAUAAUCGUGGCCAGUAUUUUUAUGACAUUUAGUUGUCUACUAUUGUGGUAUAAAACCCGAAUCAAAAGAAUGUCAUUAUUUAAAAGACUGGGAAUCCCUGGACCCGAACCCAACCUCAUCACCGGAAACCUGUUAGCAUUCUUCAGGUCAUCUAAUGUUGAGUAUCACUCACACCUCAUUGAGAAGUUUGGACCUAUCGUUGGAUAUUAUUUGGGCUCAAAACCCAUUAUUAUAACCAAACAUUUAGGACUCAUCAACAAAAUACAACACUCCCGGGAUUUUGAGGACAGACCGCGUCUAAUACCGGGCGGUAUUAAUCCGAGCCCUAAGCGCUGCCAUAUGUUGGGUAAUCUACCGGUUCAUGAGUGGAGAGAAUUGAGAAAGAUUUUGAAUAAAGGUUUCAAUACACGACAAUUCAAAGCAAUGGUACCAUUGGUUCAGCAAAAGAUUGAUAAAUUUAUUGAUAAAUUAAACGAAAAUCAGAGUCAGGAAAUUGAUUUCUAUAAGUUUUAUCAACGAUUAACACUAGACAUCAUUGGACGGACAGCCUUUGGGGUGGACACUGAUGUUCAGUACAACAAAAACGACAGAUUCUUGUUGGCAGUGAAGCAAGAAUUUGCUAAAUCGGCAAAUAAUUAUUUGGUUAAACUAUUGCUCUGUUUCCCUGAAUUUUCUUAUAUUAUUCAAGGGUUUAGGAAAUCCAUUGAAUAUAUGAAAGAAAAGAUUGGUUUUACGUCAACAUCGCUCUUAUGGACGGAUUGCGAAACAACUUUAUCGAUGAGGAAAUCGUUUCAAACAAGUGGUGAUGAAGUGAAAGAUCUCUUGCAGAUCAUGAUCGACAUGAAGCUGUCCGAUGAGUGCAUUAUUGCACAGACAGUCCUCUUCAAUGAGGCGGCCUUUGAAACGAUGUCUUCAAGUCUGGGAUUUAUUACACAUUUUCUACUAAAUAAUAGUGAUCUGACUCAAGAGUUAGCGACACAAGUGGAUGAGUAUAUGGUUAACAAUGAUUUGGAUGAACGAAUUGUCGAUAAAUUGCCACUAAUGGAUUCGGUUAUCAAUGAGACUCUUAGACUAUAUCCACCACAAACAACAUUUAUAUCCAGAUCCAAUCCAAACAACGAUUUGAUUUUUCAAGAUAAUGGCAUGUAUUAUAUGAUCCCUAAAGGUAUUCAAAUACAAGUGGCUUUAUACCAGAUACACAGGGAUGACACCAAUUAUCCAAACGCUCACCGGUUUAAUGCCCGAAGAUUUCUCAAUGAUUCUGGAAAUCGUAUAAAUAUGGGAACGAAUGGAGAAUUUGUUGACAAAUGGCAACCGUUUGGAAGGGGAGGGCGCGACUGCAUCGGCAAAACCUAUGCCAGGAUUGUAUUGAAAUUGAUUUUAUCAAAUCUGUUGUUAAAAUUCAAUUUGAAUGCCACCCGAAGCACAGCCAAAGAAAAUGAGUUGAAAGUAGUCUUCAAAACGGCGACAAUGACUCCACAAACGGGUAUUUAUGGGUCGGUUUCAGCCAAACCA